ACUUAAUGAAGCAAAAGUGACAGAAAAGAUUUGCAAAUGGUGAAAGCAUGAAAUUGAUGCAAAGACUUAAUAAGAAAAAAUUGAACUGGAAAAUCAGGAAGGAGAUUUCAAUUUGGCAGGGCGGUAUUUAAUCGUCGAUAUAGAGAGAAAUUUAAGGUUUAUGUAUUUUACUUGUUAUACAAGUUUUAAUUAAAAUGAAGAAUCUUCGAGAAUUUACGUUGGUGACAAAAGAUAACCAAACUGCUUACUUACCCGGAGACGUGAUCCAUGGAGAACUCUAUGUCAGUUUUGAUGAACCGAUAACCAUGAAAUCAAUGCGAGUGUGUCUCUUUGGAGAAGGUGCAGGGACGUGGCUUCAUCAGGAGGAUGCCAGCUAUGCAGAUGCUUCCAAAGACUCGGAUGGAAAACUGAUGAAGCAGACUCUCGUCGAUGUUGGACUUCUCGUGUUCGGCUAUGCUGGUGAUAAGGAUGAAAACACAGAAACGCAUGAAAAUGGGAGAUACGUGUACGCAUUUGAAUUUAACGUUCCAAAGAAUCUUCCAUGCACGUUUAAAAGUCCUAUUGAAAAAGAUCUUGGAUUUGCUAAAUAUUCUUUACAAGCUAUAAUAUCCAGACCAAAAAAAUAUGACAAGGUUACGAAACUCGCUAUAGUAAUAAACAAGUUGAUAAAUCCAGAACAUAUUCCGUCAAAUAUCACUCCAGGUGCUAUGAAAGAUGCAAGUGUUGUCAAUUCUGCUUGCAUGCCUGUUGGUACUCUGAGUUUUGAAAGCUACCUACCCCAAUUGUGCUACACACAAGGGGAUAACAUACAAAUUCACGCCAAUGCAGAAAAUAAUUCUCCAAAAGUGAUGAAAGAGAUAUACGCUAAACUGAUUCGAAGAGUUCGUUGCAAAUCAAAGUUUGGCAGCAGUACGUAUACAAUGGAGGAAACAAAAGUUCAUGGUCCAAGAAUACCUUCCGAACAAAAAUUUAUUUGGGACAAUCAAAAAAUGCGAAUACCUUCAAUAGGCUCAACUGUGACUGGGAAUAAUGAUGACAUAAGAGUUGAUUACAUUGUCCGUGUUGGUAUGCACGAAGACAAGGGAAGCGAAAUUCAUCUCGACCUGCCUGUUAUUAUUGGUACGAUUGGUAAUAAGGAAGAUGAAGAUAAAGAAGAAAAAAUUGAAGAUAAUUUGUUUGAUCGUAACCAACAUAAUUAUGGCCUACAAGUUAUUAAAGCAGCAGAACGUGACAAUUAUCGCGAAACAUUAAAAGAUAAAUUAGAUAAAUCGGGCACACUGCCGCAAAUUAAUAGUGAAUCUAAAAUGUCAGAUGACAACAUCAGAUCUAAGGAAAGUAGAAAUAAAGGCGAAGACACAGCUGACGGAUAUGAGGCGUAUCGCAGUUUUGAUGACAGCAACAGAUCUAGAGUGAAAAUAUUUGAUGAUGAUAUCAACAUAGCUCUUUCAGAUGCUGAUUUGGAUAUAACCAUAGGUGAUGAUACAUUUAAUUCAGCACGUGAUGAAAACGAUGGCCGAAGCAAGUCGGCUGCAGGUAGACCAAUAAAGAAAAUAAAAAAUCAGAUAGGAAAGGAAAGAAGUGCUUCAGCUGAUGGCAGACUAAAAACACCAAAGGACGGUUCUGCUGAACGUGGCAGAGUGGGAUCCGGAUUAAGUUCUAAAGGUUUGCGACAAAAGUCAGCCUCACCAUUGGGUAGCAGAGGAAGUAUGGGAAGCAUAAAAGGGAAAAACGGUUCUAAAGGGAAAUUAAAUGAAAGUAACGGUUCUCUUAGGAAAACAAAGUCAGGUUUAAAGGGAAGUAGCCAAUCUCUCAAAUCAAAUGGAUCAAAGGGUGCAAAUAAAGGUAAAAGUGGGAAAGAUGAUCUAGAAAAUUCAACAAAAUCACUGCAUGGAUCACAGUCAUCUCUUAUGGAAGAUUUAAUUGCCGGAAUGGACAGUAAAAAAGAUGGAGAAACAUACAACGAAAAUAAAUGGGAAAUACCUAGAUACGUACCAAAUGCAAUUGAUGGAGAAGAUAAAAACGCAGGAUUUCGAGAUGCUAAUCAAUGGAAUAACACCCCAAAUAGUAGAAACGAACUUGAAAAUUCCCCAAGCCUUCUCCAUGGCGCUAGCACUCCAAUAAAACCAAUCACAGAAGAUGUCCAAGCCUUUGCUGAAGAAGGCGACCUUCAUGCAGGACUUGAAGAUGAAGCUUAUUUGAACAAACUGGAUGAAAAUUCUCCAAAACUUCUCUAUGGCGAUUACCCUAUUCAAAACCAAUCAAAUGAUAGUGCUGGCGCACAUAGAGAACCAAUUACAGAAGACGUUCAAGCCUUUGCUGAAGAAGGCGAUCUCCAUGCAGGACCUGAAUAUGAAGCUUAUUUGAACAAGCUAGAUGUAAAUUCUUCAAAAAUUCUCUCGGGCGAUUACCCUAUUCAAAACCAAUCAAAAGAAAGUGCUGGCGCACAAAGAGAACCAAUUACAGAAGACGUAGAGUCUCCCAUUAUACCAUUGAGGAAAAAUAAUGAUCAUGCUACCGUGGACGACGAAGAGUAUUUACGAGAAUUUGAAAGACUUGAACAAGAAUUUCAAGCUAAGAGUCCUUCAGCACAAAAGCGAAUGCAAGAAAGCCGACCUAUUCCAGUAGAACACACCGAAGAGCAGGGUUCUGAUCAACUUUUAAAUGGAGGAUAUGAAGUAGAUGGAGAAUACCAAAGUUACUCUCAACAUCCAAUGUCACCAAUUACAGAAGAAAAAGAAGAGGCAGUAGCAGGUACAGGUUUAGAUGGUACACAAAAAGUUUUGGGAGGAGAAUUAAAAACAUCAACCCCUGCAUCAAAUGCAAUAAGCAAUGACCAUAAUAAUUUACAUAAUUUGAAAGACAACGCAUCUGCUGAUCCGGGGAAUACCAAACAGCAUGUUACGCCAGGGAAUGAUGAUUUGCAACGUAAAGAUGAUGGAGAUACUGACGGAGAAAAAAAAGUGGGGGAUCAUCAAAAAGAUGAGAAAAAAACAGGACUGAGUUCCCCAUGGGGAAUAGUGGGGAUGAUUGACAGGCUAUUGGGAAGGAAAAAGAAGGAGGAAGACAAAGAAGACAGACAAACACCUUUAAAAAAGACUGAUGCUGAUUCUGCAGCAACUGCUAGUAUGAGUGAGAAUCAAAGAGAAAAUACGCAACAAACAGACAAAGUGAAUGAUAAAGAAAGAACCAAACUUCCUGAGAAAAUAGAAGGUAAGAGGGAAACUUCUGAAAUUCAGGGUAUGCUUGAUGCAAUUGAUGGAGGUAAAAAUUUUGAUAAACAAGAAGAGCACAAAACACCAAGUAAAGAUCCGUUGAACACUUUGGAUAGCAGCGGGAAAGUAGGUGAAGGUGAAGAUGUACAAAAAUCAAAUAAAGCAGCAGAACAAGAUAAAGGUAAAGAUGUGCAGAAAGAAAUACAAGAGGAAGGUGACUUGAAGCACGGAGAUCGAAGACCAUUUUUUAAUGACCAAACAAAUGGCAUUUCAAAUUCUGAAACUAAAUCCACCAAAAGCGAAGAUCAAUCCGAGUGUGAUACAAAUACUGACAUGCCGGAUAUUCCAGAUGAGGAUCCAGAGGAAGACAGUCUUGAAGAUAUCAAUCAGCAAAACAAUCUACCUUCCAAAAAUUCUGAAUCCAUAAAAGAUCAAACAAACACAAUUAUGAAAAACAAAACAAAAUCUACUAAACCGAAAACUGGACCCAACAAAAAAGAAAAAUUAGAAGCGUCACAAAAGUUAGGCAAGCAGGGAAAAAAUAAAAGCGAGAACAUAAAGAAGAUCUUGCCAUUAAAACCAGGAAUAUCGAAAAAGCCAAAAGCUGUAGCAAAGAAACCUGCAUCGGAAGCAGGCAAGAAAGGAAAAGGUAUUCGCAUUCCUACUAGUAUACCUGCAACGAAACAUGACAGUUCUUUCUCAUCAGAUUCUUUCUUUUCAUCACAUUCAUCGUCAGAAAGUGACGACGAACAGGAAAAGAGAACAUCUAAAUUAAAACAGGCAGCUGGGGAACUGUAUGGUGACUCUACACAGGAUAGGAAGACAGAAAGGGAAAAAGGAAAACACGACAGAGACAAAGUAGCUGGUCCUAGAGAGGCAAGAAACGAGAAAAAACAAUGCAAUGAUAUGUUUCCUGAAGAUGAAGGGUACGGAACUAUUGGAAGACAAAAAGAUAAAAAGAGUCCAGGGAAGGGACAAGGUAAAGACAAUGAAAAAUUGAGCAAACCUAACCAACCUAGCUCUAAACGACCACCACUGAAUAAAAUAAGCAAUAUUAAACCACAAGAUAAGCCUGUAUCGGAAAAACACAAUAAAGCUAAUGUAAGCAAGAAUCCUGCUAAGGUGCAAGAUUUAUCACCUUCACAAAGUCCAGCAAAAGAAAAGAUAAAAAAGCCAAUCGGACUGGAGGACAAGCGUUUGAAAAAGCACACUACAAUACCACCUAAAGCUUCCAAAAUAAGUUCCAAAUCGCUUCCGUCCAAAGGAUCUACGGAUAAAAAUGGAGUUAAAAAGCUAAAAAAAAGUCCCGACACAGCCAGCCCAAAACUAAAAGAAGAAAAGCCAUUGAAACAAUCAGAACAUAUCAAAGAAGAAGAGCCAACACAAAACAAAGUCACCCAAAAACGACACCCAUCUGCACAUACAUCUUCCACAGACAAACUUCCCUAUGUAGCCUCUCCUAAUCAUAUCAGUGACCAGUACUAUCCUGACCACCAUAAUACUGACAAUGACAAUCAAGAGCCUGGAGAUUCGCCACACCAUCCCAACCGAUCUUCAUCACCGAUUAAAUCUAAACAGGAUCCAACAUCACGACAACAACAUGGCUCAGCAACAGAGAAAAUACAUCAACACGAUCCCUGUUAUAAUGAUCCAGCAAGAGUACAACAAAGCCCUGAGGAUCUAUCACGUGGUGGAAACCGAUCUUCAUCACCGAUUAAAUCUAAACAGGAUCCAACAUCACGUCAACAACAUAGUUCCGCACCAGAGAAAAUACAUCAACACGAUCCCUAUUAUAAUGAUCCAGCAAGAGUACGACAAAGACCUAAGGAUACACCACGUGGUGUCAACCGACCUUUAUCCCCGACUAAAUCUAAACAGGAUCCAACAUCAAAUCAACAACAUGGUUCUGCACCAGAGAAAGUACAUCAAUAUGGUCCCUAUUAUAAUGAUCCAGCAAGAGUACAACAAACACCUGAGGAUAUAUCACGUGGUGGCAACCGAUCUUCAUCACCCACAAAAUCCAAACAAUAUUCAACAUCACGUCAACAACAUAGUUCCGCACCAAAGGAAAUACAUCAACAUGAUCCCUAUUAUAAUGAUCGAGCAAGAGUACAACAAACACCUGAGGAUAUACAAAAAGAUGGCAAGCGAUUUUCAUCACCGAAUAAAUCUAAACAGGAUCCAACAUCACGUCAACAACAUAGUUCCGCACCAGAGAAAAUACAUCAACAUGAUCUCUAUUAUAUUGAUCCAGCAAGAGUACAACAAACACCUGAGGAUAUAUUACGUGGUGGCAACCGAUCUUCAUCACCGACUAAAUCCAAACAAGAUCCAACAUCACGUCAACAACAUAGUUCCGCACCAGAGAAAAUACAUCAACAUGAUCCCUAUUAUAAUGAUCCAGCAAGAGUACAACAAACACCUGAGGAUAUAUCACGUGGUGGCAACCGAUCUUCAUCACCGACUAAAUCCAAACAAGGUCCCACAUCACGUCAACAACAUAGUUCCGCACCAGAGAAAAUACAUCAACAUGAUUCCUAUUAUAAUGAUCCAGCAAGAGUACAACAAACACCUGAGGAUAUAUCACGUGGUGGCAACCGAUCUUCAUCACCGACUAAAUCCAAACAAGAUCCAACAUCACGUCAACAACAUAGUUCCCCACCAGAGAAAAUACAUCAACAUGAUCCCUAUUAUAAUGAUCCAGCAAGAGUACAACAAACACCUGAGGAUAUAUCACGUGGUGGCAACCGAUCUUCAUCACCGGCUAAAUCCAAACAAGAUCCAACAUCACGUCAACAACAUAGUUCCGCACCAGAGAAAAUACAUCAACAUGAUCCCUAUUAUAAUGAUCCAGCAAGAGUACAACAAACACCUGAGGAUAUAUCACGUGGUGGCAACCGAUCUUCAUCACCGACUAAAUCCAAACAAGAUCCAACAUCACGUCAACAACAUAGUUCCGCACCAGAGAAAAUACAUCAAGAUGAUCCCUAUUAUAAUGAUCCAGCAAGAGUACAACAAACACCUGAGGAUAUAUCACGUGGUGGCAACCGAUCUUCAUCACCGACUAAAUCCAAACAAGAUCCAACAUCACGUCAACAACAUAGUUCCGCACCAGCGAAAAUACAUCAACAUGAUCCCUAUUAUAAUGAUCCAGCAAGAGUACAACAAACACCUGAGGAUAUAUCACGUGGUGGCAACCGAUCUUCAUCACCGACUAAAUCCAAACAAGAUCCAACAUCACGUCAACAACAUAGUUCCGUACCAGAGAAAAUACAUCAACAUGAUCUCUAUUAUAAUGAUCCAGCAAGAGUACAACAAACACCUGAGGAUAUAUCACUUGUUGGCAAGCGAUCUUCAUCACCCACUAAAUCCAAACAAGAUCCCACAUCACGUCAACAACAUAGUUCCGCACCAGAGAAAAUACAUCAAUAUGAUCCCUAUUAUAAUGAUCCAGCAAAAGCAAAACAAAGCCCUGAGGAUCUAUCACGUGGUGGAAACCGAUCUUUAUCACCGAAUAAAUGCAACCAGGAUCAAACAUCACGUCAACAACAUAGUUCCGCACCAGUGAAAAUACAUCAACAUGAUCCCUAUUAUAAUGAUCCAGCAAGAGUACAACAAACACCUGAGGAUAUAUCACGUGGUGGCAACCGAUCUUCAUCACCGGCUAAAUCCAAACAAGAUCCAACAUCACGUCAACAACAUAGUUCCGCACCAGAGAAAAUACAUCAACAUGAUCCCUAUUAUAAUGAUCCAGCAAGAGUACAACAAACACCUGAGGAUAUAUCACGUGGUGGCAACCGAUCUUCAUCACCGACUAAAUCCAAACAAGAUCCAACAUCACGUCAACAACAUAGUUCCGCACCAGAGAAAAUACAUCAACAUGAUCCCUAUUAUAAUGAUCCAGCAAGAGUACAACAAACACCUGAGGAUAUAUCACGUGGUGGCAACCGAUCUUCAUCACCGAAUAAAUCCAACCAGGAUCCAACAUCAUGUCGACAACAUAGUUCCGCACCAGAGAAAAUACAUCAACAUGAUCCCUAUUAUAAUGAUCCAGCAAGAGUACAACAAAGACCUAAGGAUAUAUCAAAAGAUGGCAACCGAUAUUCAUCACCCACUAAAUCCAAACAAUAUUCAACGUCACGUCAACAACAUGGCCCUGCACCAAAGAAAAUACAUCAACAUGAUCCCUAUUAUAAUGAUCCAGCAAGAGUACAACAAACACCUGAGGAUAUAUCACGUGGUGGCAAACGAUCUUCAUCACCCACUAAAUCCAAACAAUAUUCAACAACACGUCAACAACAUGGCCCUGCACCAGAGAAAAUACAUCAACACGAUCCCUAUAAUAUUGAUCGUAGAAGAACGCAGCAAAGACCCGAGGAUUUAUCACAAGAUGGCAAGCGCCCUUCAUCAUCAACUAAUUCGAAACAGGACCCAUAUUUGCGACAAUCUCAUGACGAAAAACCAGCAAAUGGAAAACACGUACAUCAAUCUCCAAAUCGACAGAAGAAAGAUCAGAUUUGGUCAGCAAAAAUCGAUGACGGCUUUUAUGACCCUUAUUUAAAGGUGCAUGAAAGCAUGCCAAAAGACGCAAGUUUCAUACCAUCACAAGUUCCGGACAUAAUUGCCAAUGUAAAAUAUAAGUCUCCAAAGACAAUGGUCAAAACUAAGAAAACACCCCAGGAUGCUAGCAGAACUCCUGAGAAAAUGGAUAAAAAGGGCAAACAAAAGAAACAAACUUUAGCGUUUGGAAAAGACAACGGCAGUAAAGAAGAAACUAAAUCAAACAAUCGAAAAACAAAAGUUAAAGAAGAGAAGAUUCAUAACAAAAAGCUAUUAAGUUCUACAGCAAAACCCAUAAAAGAAAAAGUGACAUACAGUGACGACGAAAAGGUUCCUUUAAAUGACAGAUAUAUACCCAUUAUUCAACAUGACAAGAUACAUUCAGGAGGAACUGGCGACACCUUACUUCAAACUAAUAAAAAUUACCCAAAAAUCCAAGGUCAUGUAAACUUAGCUGAAACUAGUCCGACAAAGAAAGCAGUAAACAAAUAUGGACAUAAUGACAAAACGAAGAACACACAAAGUAAAAAUCAAAGUCAGAACGUUACAAAGAAACCUUAUGUAUCACCCUAUCGUCAGAUACCUAAAAGUAAAAAGAGAGUCACUCCGCCCGAACAUGCAAAACAACUUAGGGAAGCCCAGAAUGAUCUUCACCCAAGACCAGAUGAAUUAGUCGGGUUAGAAGCUAUGCUGGAAAAAGGAGUAAAAAUAGGUCCUGAACUAAGUAUGGACAAAAAUAAUGAAGAAUCUAUGAGGAAAGGAAAAAAUGUGUCCUCCUCUAGGUACGGAUCUGGAAUACAACGAUCUCCUUCGGCACCUAAUGCUCCAGAAGAUCUUUCUAGUAACGUUGAUAUGUCUGAAUCUAAAGAUAGGUAUGUCAGAAUGAAAUCAGAAGACGCUGAGGUUUUAAGAUCACAAUGUAAGCCUAAAAAUGAUGCCAAAGGAUUUAGCAGCAGUUGGAAUGGACCUCGUGAUUACGGUUACAUGGAAUCACGAGGACGUGUUUUGCCAUACGUCGGACACAUUGAACGAAUCGAUCAUGAUAAAAGUGUUUCAUUGGAAGAUAUAGAUAGGAUUCAGAAUAAGUACUCAAGUAGUUUCGAGAAAAAACCAGCAGGUAUUUCACCAGUUCAUUCAAACAGUUUUGACUUCGUUUUGGUCCCACCAUACGCGACAGAAACAGUCACACUUCAUGGAGGAAACGAAGAUGUAACACUGGAAGUAGUGCUGGAUGAAAUAAAGACAAAGCAACCAACGCAGGAUAAGAAAGAAAAUCAGCACAUCGUAAUAAAAGACGAAACUAAUUCUGAAACUGGGAUACAUACUGCUGACGCAAUAACUGAAGCUACGAAGUCUGGAAAUGAAAAUAAAACACAGAAAAAACAAACAGAUCUCCCGCUAAAAAAAACUGAACGUGAUAUAUAUGAAAAUCAAACAGGUAGUGAUAAAAAUGAAGACGAAGGAGGCAAUAAAAAUUGCAGAGUUAUAACAGAAUCGCUGACUCUCCCCCCUGUACCUACUGAAAGCACGAAGGUGCCUGAAGGAACGUUAAAGCUGCCAUUACCACCAGCUAAAACAGAAAGCAAAAAGGACGACACAAAAACCGAUAGAAAUUUAAACAUCAACAAACCGAGUUUAGGUGGUUUCGUAAAUGGAGGAUUCUCAGUAGAGACAACAAUACCAAGCAGGGAGAAAAUCAUCGUGCCGGUCAAUUACUUUCCUUUGACACGAUCACCACCAACGACUAAAAAACAGAACCAAACACGGCAAACAAGCGAUGACGUCACAUCUAGGGCAAGAAGUGCCUCACCACAGAAACGCUCUUACAAAACAGAAAAAGAAAAACGGAGUCGCAGUUUAUCUCCUAUUCAAUUUAAAACGCCAGAUGAAACAAGCCAGAAAACAGAUUCGUCUAAACAAAAACCUCCCAAGAUUUCUAACAAUAACACUCAAAAAUCUAAAAUUCCCUUACGAAGUCCUCGCGAUGCAACCCAAAAAGCAAAUAAAAUCGCACAAACAACAACGACCUCAUCAACUACCAAGAUAAAGAGUCCACGUUCAACGCAGGGUGAAGUAAAAACACAAAUUGAUACUGGCGGCGAUCACAAUUUAUCUACAUCGUUAGAUCAUUCAACGUACGACGAAAGAGUCGUGAUUGGCGGUGGGCUUAUAUUUAAUUCUCCAAAAAAAUCCCUGAAACGAACGAUAGUAGCAAGAGAAAGGAAGUCCAAAGUUCGUGCUACUUCCUCUUCCAAAAUAAGAGAAAAAGAGAAACCACCUCGAUCAAGAUCAAAAAUUAUAGAUCCAACCUAUACCUUAAAAUCAAGUUACAAACAGCCAAAUAAUAAGAAACAAAAAGAUGAAGUUGACGAAUUAAUUGAAUUAGCAUUGAAAGAGGAAAUAAAACGAAGCAAAAUGGAUGGAACAGAACCUUACAAGGAACCAACAACUUCGUGUGGAUUCGCUGGAUCCAUUCCACGUAUUGUUGCAUAUGAUGUUCCGUGUAGCCCUAUCAAAGAAAGGAGAACUGAUGAAAAAAAGAGCAGCACCAUACCUUACCAAACAGAGAGAAAUACACAACAAACACAAAGUAUAACUUCAUCGAAACAAACGUUCGAUUUUGUUGGUGUUACACCUUCGUAUGAAAAUAAAGUCAAUCUAACAAGGUUUGAAAAGAAACAGAAAGAAGAAUUAAUGUCAGGUAGACAAGAAGGAAAACCAAUGUUCGAAGAGAAUUAUAUUCAUCAAGCACAAGAAAAACAAAAUAGACAACAAGGUGUCGUUAUUAUGAGGAAACCGCCUAAGUCAGAUGUUCGUCCUCUCCGUUCCAAAUUUAAAAACAACAGUCAGUUAGAUACAAACAACAAAACUGAGAUUCUAGCUACAAAGAUUCCACAAUGGUACAAACAAACAACACCUGCGGGUGAGGGUGUAAACCACUUAAAAGUUCGGUCACGUGACGACAGUUUUGAUAGUUUUGAGCAUCAUGAGAAGUUACUGGGAAUUGUGGACGAGCAUGGGAAAUUAAAACGUAAACGAGGCUUGCUAGAAAGUAUACUUGGUGAAGAUGAAUACGAAGAACUACAAAUAAGAAAAUCUAGAGUACAAAGAAGAAGAUAUAAAAGGUUUUUAGAGGAUUUAGAAACAGUCAAACAUGGACGACCUGCAAGUUGUCCCGGUGCUAUUGGACCAAGAGAAGGCUGGUUUGAAAUUUCUGACCAGAUGUACGGAGACAUCAACAGUAGUGAGACAGGGACAGAAUACACAAGUGAUGACGAACACUACGCACGAAUACAACUGACUGAGCCACAACAAAAAAAUACUGAUGACACAAAGUUACACAGAACAACUCCUUAUCAUUCUAUCCCGCCCAAAGGAACACAUGUCGAUUUCCCGCUAGGAGGGUUUGGUUACGAAGAAGAAAUAUUGGAAACGUAUCAAUUUAUAGAAGAAAGAGAGCGAAAAAGAUAGUUUAAUAUUUUUUAUACAUAAACCAACAAGUGUUUCUCUCUCAAAAUUACUCAGACACGACGCAUUAUACAGAAAGCUGUUCAUUCGCAUGAAAAAUCAUUUUCAAUAGACAUUGUAGUAUAAAAAACUGUACAUAGUUAAAAAAAUUUGUAAAAAGAAUUUCUUUUUCCUAAUAAAAUUACAUUAGUUAAUUAGAAA